AUACAGGCUUGAAUGCAAGAGUGAGGCCACAAAUAACAUUGAGCGAUUACUGUUUCUGAUCUUUUUUUCCUCUUCUUCCCUCUUCUCUGUGCUACCCCCCGCUUCUCUGAAUCCCUUUCUGUCAUCGUCUGUCUUUCAAGUUUGCAACUUUGGGGUUUGAUUUUGAAUCAAAAGAGUGAUUUCUGUGAAGAAAAAAGAAAACCCACCAGGGUGUGUUUUUUGAAAGCCAGGUGAUCCAGAAUAGAGAUCCGGGUGUUUUUGAUUUUUUAUUUUACAGGCAAAGUUUGUAGCUUUUCCAUAUUCAACCAAGAGGGUUUGUUUUUGGUCCCUCAAAGUUGGGUUUUUUUUUUUCUUUUGCAACUCUUGAGAUAAAUCCCUUAUAUUUUUAUCUGGGGUUUUUCUUCUUCUGUUUAUACCUAAUUCUUGAUUUUGUGAUGAAUUUCUGGUUUUAGUUUCUUAGCAAAGAAUAUGGCAGCAGCUAUUGAUGUUUUUAGUAGCAGUAAUACCCCUGUUUUUGCAGAUCCGUACAGGGAAGAACUCAUGAAAGCACUUGAGCCUUUUAUGAAAAGUGCUUCACCUUCACCCUCUAUUUCUCCUUCUCGAAAUCUAUCUUCCGACCCUUCUUGCUCAUACUCUUUGUUAUCCUCUUAUCAGCAACAGCAGCCUAAUUGGGUGCCUGAAUUUUGCACCCCAUCGAGCACUCACAUGUUUUCACAAGGGUACUCGAUCCAUGACCAAACACAGGGUCUUGGGCAAAUAGGAGGCUCAAUUGGUCUCAACCAUCUGAACCCCUUUCAAAACCUUCAAAUCCAAGCUCAAUUCCACCUCCUACAACAACAGCAGCAACUAUCAGUCUUUGCCAAUUCAUCUCUGCUUCCCAAUGAAAGGCAGAAACUGAACCUCAACUACCUUGCCCCAAAACCUGUUCCAAUGAAACAUGCUGGCACUUCACAAAAGUCCACCAAGCUCUACCGUGGAGUGAGGCAGAGGCAUUGGGGCAAAUGGGUUGCUGAGAUCAGACUCCCUAAGAAUCGCACCCGCCUCUGGCUCGGCACCUUUGAUACAGCCGAGGAGGCGGCUUUGGCCUAUGAUAAGGCCGCGUAUAAGCUCAGGGGUGACUUUGCCAGGCUCAAUUUCCCUCAUCUGAAGCACCAUGGAGCUCAUGUUUCUGGCGAAUUUGGUGACUACAAGCCUCUCCAUUCCUCUGUUGAUGCAAAACUCCAAGCAAUUUGCCAAAGCUUGGCCAAUCAAAAGCAGGGGAAAAGAGGGGAGCCCUGUUCUGUUACUAAUUCAAAGACGGCAGUAGCAGCUCCUUUGCAGCCAGCGAUGGGAUUUGAUUAUCCAUUGAAGGGAGACUUGAAAAGGGAAUAUGAGAAUUCAGGAGUGGAGGAUUAUAAGGUGGAGAACUCAUCGUCAUCUGCCACCUUUUCUGAUGAGUCAUUGGCGGGUUCUUCUUCGCCUGAAUCCGAUAUCACGUUCUUGGAUUUCUCUGAUUCACAAUGGGAUGAGACUGGGAAUUUCGGGCUCGAGAAAUUCCCUUCAGUGGAGAUUGAUUGGGCAUCUAUAUAAGUUAUUGACGGCUAUGUCUACUCUCUCUCUUUUUUUUUUCUUUUGUUUAGGUAGUUUGGUGUCAUUAGGGGCUUCUGCAAUUGAAUUUUUGACAGUUGCAUAGUUGCCCGUAGAGUUUGUUUAGAUUUCAGGACUCAUGCAGUAUGUUUUUACAAAGUUAUGUCAAUAUGUAAUAGCUCUCCAACAUGGUCUGCUGGUAAUUUUUGUCCAUGCUUGGCCAUGGGAGAAUUUCAAGUUAUGUUUGGUUGUAAGUAAACCUCGUGUUUUCAAUAUAUUAUUCUACUUUCUUUA